AUGGUCUCCGCAUCCACCUGGCAAACCCUCGGCCUGGGCGUCGCAGCAUGCUACGCCGGCGCUGGCGCCCUGGCCGUCUUCGCGCCCGCGUACGAGGCCGAUCUGCUCUUCAACCUCGGCAGCUCGGCGCUCGCGCAGAACCCAGACAAGUUCCCCAACAAUGCCGAGAGCCGCGAGGACAAGGCCGUCGGCGUGCUCCUGCCCCUGCUGGGCGCGCGUAACUGGGCGAUCGCGACGGCCAUGUUUGCGCUCCACCGCUCGGAGAACUUCUCGGCGCUGGGCACUGUCAUCCUCUCGGGCUCGGCGUUCGUCGGCAUCCUUGAUGGCAUCGAGGUGUACAAGCGCCGUGGACCUGUGCUGGCUGGCGCUGCGGCCACUGCUGCCUCCCUCUGGGCGCUUGUCGGAUACGCGCUCGUCGAGGGGUGGAACAACUAG